AUGGCAAACCAAAAAGAUGAUGUCAAUGAUUUAAACUUAAAUGUUAUGAGUAAAGAAACAACAAGUUUAGAAAUAUUAAACCAUAAAAACGAAGAAAUAAAUGAUGAUAAUGAUAAAUAUGCAGUUGAAGAGGUAGAAUCCGAUUCCAAUACAAAAGAUUUGUCAAAUAUCGAACAAUUAAUAUGUGCACCCGAUUCUGAAAAUAUCAAUCAACGAAUACAUGCAGAAGAAGUUUCAACAGAUCAGUAUGAUGCUUUAUUACAUCCACCCGAUGGAUCUACUAAUCUCAUUGAUGAGACAAAUGGCACUCAUACAGACAGUGUUGAUCAAUAUCAAUGUAUUAAAACACGACUACCUGAAGAUUGUCAUUUCCCUGAUAGUGUAUUCAAAUUGAUUCGUGGUCAAAAUCAACAAGAAGUGAUCAAUAUUCUUUUAAAAGUUGAAGAGGAAAAAGAGAAGAUUUGGUCAGGUAUAGAUAAAAAAUAUACAAAUAUACCGAUAACAAAACGAAUAUCGUCAAAAAUGUAUAGAGAGUUCAAGAAAGCAUAUAAUUGGUAUUUAUCUAAAGAAUAUUCGACACAAGCAAAAUCGGUGCAUGAUGCACAAACAAUAUUAGGAAAUUUAUCAUCUGGUAUUCUUAUUCUUAACAAGAACAAUCAGAUAUUGGGAGUACAAAAUCAUUAUGGAACUUGGAGUGCUCCGAAAGGUCAUCCAAAAAUCAAGGAUGAUGGUACAUUAGAAAUUCCAUUGGAAACAAUAUUGCGGGAGUUAUUUGAAGAGCUUUUCAUUGAAUUUGAAGAAGAUAAAACUCAAAUAACAAUUAACAAAAAUAAUAUUGAUCAGCAUCUUGAUUUAAACAAAGAUAACUUUGUCGGAUGUGGUUUUAAUAGUAGAACAGACAUUGAUGAUGGAAUACGACAUAUUGGUCUUUUAGCUGUUCGUGCCGAUGAAAAGAAAUGGAAGUUUAGUUUAAAGGAUAACAAAGAAAAUAAGGAUUGGGCAUGGUUAAAUAUCGAUGAUAUUAUUCGUCAUCGGCCUGGAAACAGACACGACAAAUACCAUACGCUACGUCCGUUCGCUCAAUAUUUAAAAAACAAUCCAAUGUUUUAA